CUUAGGGGAUGUCGCAGGCAUCGUGCAGUUGUUUACGGUGCGACCCCCUCACGUUAAACUCAGUCAGUCACUGUCACCAAUUCUGUCCGCCUGCAUGGAUCGAGAGAACGAAGUUGUUCCGAUGAAGGAAUCCCAAAAGCGGGAGCAAAAAGCAGCGUAUGAGGAUGAGGACGUCAGCAUCGGCUUGUGUGGCUGUUUGCUGGUGGCCUUGUCCAUCCUCCUCAUGCUGUUGACGCUGCCCCUCUCAGUAUGGAUGUGCAUCAAGAUCGUGAAGGAGUAUGAGCGCGCCAUCAUCUUUCGCCUUGGGCGCAUUGUGAAAGGUGGAGCCAAAGGACCAGGGUUGUUCUUCAUCUUGCCGUGCACCGACAGCUUCAUCAACGUGGACAUGCGCACCAUCACCUUCGACAUCCCGCCACAAGAGAUUUUGACCAAAGACUCGGUGACGGUGAGCGUGGACGGAGUGGUGUAUUACCGGGUCCAGAAUGCGACGCUGGCCGUGGCGAACAUCACUAAUGCCGAUGCUGCGACCCGGCUGCUGGCCCAGACCACCCUGCGGAACGUUCUGGGCACCAAGAACCUGGCGGAGAUCCUGUCUGACCGUGAGGAGAUCGCACACAGCAUGCAGUCUUCUCUGGACGAUGCCACGGAUGCCUGGGGGAUUAAGGUGGAGCGGGUGGAGAUCAAAGACGUGAAGCUUCCCCUUCAGCUCCAGAGGGCGAUGGCGGCCGAGGCUGAAGCCACCCGUGAGGCCAGAGCCAAGGUGAUCGCAGCAGAGGGGGAGAUGAACGCAUCACGGGCGCUGAAGGAGGCCUCCCUGGUGAUCGCAGAGUCCCCCUCAGCCCUGCAGCUGCGCUACCUGCAGACGCUCAACACCAUCGCAGCAGAGAAGAACUCUACCAUCAUCUUCCCUCUGCCGCUGGAGAUGAUGCAAGGAUUCAUCAAGAACUGAGGAUCCUGCAGAAACCUCCACCUUGUUCACACACUCACCCAACAUCUGCCACUUAGCACCACCGGUGCGUUCACAGCAGGCCGGUUUACCGAAACAAUUUGUGUCAAUGGCGCAGAAUCUGGCCGCUUCCUGUUCUUUUUACGAGCGGCGCCGCUUCCUGCCGCUCUCUUCAGCUGGAGCAGCCAUGAAGCAUCACACACUUGUUUUACAGAACCAGAAAUUAGCAAGGCUCUCAUUUAUCCUUCAGUUUUCAAAGUAUUUUCAAACUAAAGUGGCUGCUGGAUGAGUGGCCCGCAUGCAGUCACACACACACUCCCAUGCACACACAUCUUUUACCUAUCUCUGUGUAUGUGAGAUUUCCUAAUGUCACACAGCUGGGAUCAUAGUGCUGCAAACAGAUUCUUUUAUUUCACUCUGCUGCAGAUAUCUUAUCAGGAAUCCCUGAAACUUCACUGGAUGCAUUAUUUUCACUGUUUUUUGUGUUUUUGACUGAAAUCCAGCUUUUUUUAGUUCUUCCUUAGUGUCCAUAAGCUGCUGACUCGUUGCUCCUUCCAAAUAAAUGCUGGUUUCAAGGACUGCUUCGUAAAUUUGGGCAUCAGGACGAUGCAGCAGUGAACGACCUUUUGAGACGCCGGCUUUAGUCAGCUUUCUACUCGUUUACGAUCAAAUUCUAGCUUCAGUCAACAGUUUGUAUGACCUCUCAACACCUCAAUCACGUGACGCAUUCCGAGUUCCCUCCAAGCAGCAGCAGAGGUGAAUAUCGGUCUGGUCGUGCCUUUUGUUUCAUCCCCUUUCAGGGGCCUCAGAGGUUGACAGCCAAAAGCCUUAACUUUCUGCCAUCUUUGCAUCUUUACUCAGAAGAAAGUCCCGCUCCGAUCAGCUUUUGAUCCACGCAGUGGUCUUUUGAUGAUGAUUAUGCCGUUUUUAGCCAAAAUAAAAAAAACGGUGUAGUUUUGUUGGACAUAAGUAAGCCUGCGCAGAUAUCCCAUCAACCCUUUGUUUACACUUUCUCCUGCUAGCUUACGGCCCCUCGCGACCUCAACCUAACAUUACCGGUGCCACAAAAGUAGUGAGCAAUAUCUGAGCUGUCCACCGUAAAGUUUGAUUGAUGAUUGAUUGAUUCCAGCUCAGACGAGGAAAAUGAAGACGAAUAUGGAUCUAUUUGUCUACAUGUGGAUGAAUCAGAAUGGAGCAGAGCAGGAAGCUUGAGGGCUCCUGAUUGUAGUUUGGACACGACUAGAAGCUUUUUCUAAUCUGUUCCUGGUUCACAACAAUUUGGAAAAAAAAUAUUCAGAAACCCAUUUUUGAGCCUAAUUUCCUCUAAGCAUGUUAAAAACACAAUUGUCCUUAGAUUGGAUCUUCAAAAAUUCAUUCUUUUUAAAAUUUUACCAGGUUUUUUAAUUAUUUGCUAUUUCUGAGUAACAAGCCAAAUAUAAAGCAGUAACAUAUAUAUGAUACUAAUAUAUACUCCAUUUGUAGUAAUCUUUGUUAAAACAGAGUGUUAGUAGUGUUGGAGUUCAUAGCUUUACUACAGUGUAGCCAUUUGACAAUUAUAGUAGUUUGCUGUAGAUCAGUAGCGGACCCAACUUUUCUGGUAUUUUAUGUUACAAAAUGCAGUAUUUGUGAAUUAAACACUACUUUUUUUUUUUAAAUAAAACCUUGGCAACAAAAAAAGUCAUUGUGAAACCUGCACUUUUUGUUCUGCUGAUGCCAAGUCUGUGUUUCCUCAACAACGGUUCGCCAAUGUUCCGUUGAUGAUGUCACUUCCUUUUUGUUACAUGUUGACUGUUAAAACUGUCGGUGGCAUGAGCGGCAGCAGCUUAGAGCAAAGCACUAUCUAAAUGUUUUCAGGGCUAAUGCUAGUUUGCUUUUGCAGCUAACAGUAUGGUUUUGUACUCUCGACUUUGUCCUAACACCACCUCGUACUUAUUUAUAAAUGUUGAAAGACCUCAAAUAAAGUGGAUACCUUAA